AUGAGCGUUGGCGAAAACUCGACCGACACUGAAAACCAAAAAAUCGUUCAGCCCGGCCUUGAAUACGCAGCGCCAGAAGAUAUAGACCGCAAAGUUGAAGUGACAUCGCCCCAGGGCGAGGAUGAAGGGCCCGAGUUCCCAAAUGAUGAAUGCGGUGAUACAAAGAAGGGGCUGGCUAAAAGUCCAACGAAACAGGAGGCGGCGGCUCUCGAUGCCAGAUUGCCUGAAGUACCGGAUACACCUUUAUUUGAAAGCGCAACCGCUGCAACCACCGAGGUUGUGCCGGAUGAUCAUAUCAAACCGGUUACGCAACAAAUUCUGAAUCCGAUGGCUGCGGCUGAUCGUCUCAUGCAUAUUACGCUUGAUGGGGUCAUCUACAUUGUCUACCAUCGCCAGACACGAAAUGGCUCCGGUUAUGAAAAAGAGAUGGGCAGCAAAAUCGAGAAAUUGUUGAACGAAAUAAUACAAGGAAAGCCUAAUGUGCUCUUCUUUGGUGAUUUUAACAUGAACGCUACGAACUGGGAAACUUUUGAUGCAAGCGAGGAAGUUCGGGGGAAAAGUACGGCCCCGACUUUCUUAGCUCAACUUAAAGAAUUUGGAUUUUGUCGUGAGUGGGUUCGUGAGCCUACACGCGUGUGCAAGAAAGGCCAGCCCGCACAACUGGAUGUUCUGUUAUCCCGGAGAAUGGAUGGCGGCGCACCAAAUGGCGUGCAACCAAAGGGAAAAUGUUCCGUUGUUCGCUAUGCCGGAAGCGAUCAUAAAGCGCUAUUCUUCAGUAUCAUCAAAGAAAACGCCUGGCACGUUGAGACGGAUCCGUUUCUGAUUGCACUGAUCGCUGACGACUGCACCGAAAAAUUCGUUUAUUUAAAAAUCUACAACAAGGCAUCUUCACAUAUAACCCUUAAUAUUCGGCAUCGCUGCCAAACUGAUGUUAAAAUCUCCUACUACUAUGAAGAACCCGGGAGCCAGGGAGAGCCAGCCAACGUGCCAAUAGCGACAGGAACAAACUUCCGCAUUGAGGGAGGAAAAAGCCAUCAGAUAAAAAUUUGUUUUUCCGUUCGUGCAACCCCCGAAUUUGGUAUGUCGACUUUCGAUUGGAUCAUACUGCAAAACGCCGAUACUGAGGAAGAACAUCACGUUCGCGUAGUCUACACCGUUGCGUCCACGGCCGCUGAAGCCACG